UCCAGAUCCGACCCGAUAGGAGAGCUCCGCAAAAGAGAGAGAGAGAGAGAGAGAGAGAGAACGGAGAGAGGAUGGUCGACGUUACCGCUCGAGAUGCUCGCCGCCGGCGACUCGUCGACCGGGGAUCGGACCGGCUGGCCCUCAUCACCGGCCUGUCGAGAUCCAUCCCCCCAUCGACGGAGCAAGCGCCGCAAUCCCCAAGUGCUUCACUCUUAGAGGAUGCCACUGGCCUUAGUUUACGCCAACAUCAUGAAAGCAAGGGACCUACCGCUUCUUCAGCUGAGAAUGCGAGUGGAAUAGAACCAGUAAUCAUUUCAAAGACUAUCCAUGAAACUCCCAGGCAUGAGUCAGGCCAUGAGUCCAUGACACCUGCUGUAAGCAAUGGGGCGACAAUGACCAAGUUUGAAGCAGAUGGUUCCUGUGUGAAAGCAUCAACUGCGUCGACAGUUCAGACAUCAAUUGAGCCAGCAAUUCAAAGUCAAACUGCCCCACAGAUAAAUCCUCACAAGACCCAAUCAAUAUUUACAGCAAGAAAAAUCAGUCACUCCAUUUCUUUGUCAGAAAACCUUCGCCUUAUCUGUGCAGUGGGUAUUGGCCUGCUGGUGAUGUUGCAAUAUCAUGCCUAUUCCUUCGGUGGUAACUUUGUUAGAAGCAUCAUCACUUUCAGGCCUCUCUUUCUUGUCUUGCUGACUGAUGCAACCAUCGUGCUUGGACGCAUGCUACUAGCAAAAGAAAGCAAUGGGGGAGAUAAUGAGAGAACGAAGUUGGAAGCUGAUUCAACAAAUAGCAUAAGUCAAGCCCUAGAGGCAGCACUGGUUUUACAGAAAGGUUUGACAGCCGUGACCAUGGAUUGUUCAAUCUGUGCUGUGAUAAUAAUCUGUGCCUUUGUGUUUAAAGGUUCCAUUUAGGAUAAUUUUUAAGGUUUUGCCUGAUGUGCUUCACCAUCAAAACCAGGGGCUGCAGUUUGUGCUUGUAAUUCCUUCCCCCUUUUUGUUUAUCUACAGUGAAGCAUAUUCGAUCUCUGGGACAUGUUCAUGAAUUAUUAUCAUGUAUUUAUUUUUUUAUUUAAUUUUCAUGUUCUUUUGCU